AUGCAUGGAUCCUACUUUGAAUUCAUCAGUAAUCAAUGUGACCAAAUCUAACAACAAACAGAAGAAAAAGACAAAAUCAAGAUUGCAGAAGCUUUAUCAAUGGCGAACCAUGUUCCCGCAAGUUUCUUGACCCGGGCCAAUGCCUUGUUCAGAAAAAACUUAACCUAUCAGAAACGGAACAUGUGGAGCAAUGUUCGGCUCAUUGUGAUACCUUUCUACCUAUGCGUACUUCUAGUGGGGAUUCAAGUCCUGUUCGAUACACAAGUUAAUAACUCUGCUGAUAAUCGAUGUGGUUGUCGAUGCAUCCACAAAAAUGGAGAUGGCAAAUGCGAAAGACAGAGUUGUGGUUUACAAUAUUCAUCUCAAACUCAAGCCUCAUUUUGUGCCUUUCCCAACCCUCCACCAUUGCUCCCGUUGUUACAAAUUCCGAGUCCUGAAACUCGUUCAGUUGAUCAUGCCCGUGGCUCGUGUAGACGAACAGGAUCUUGUCCUGUAACUAUACUUGUUACUGGGAAUAACCAUACACUUGGAGCAAAACUUCUUUCACGGCGAACUCCUCUUCUGACGAUUUCUUGCGUAAUCUCGCCUACAAUGUCUUGGCAAGGUACAACAUCAAAAUCAGACUACACCAAUUUCCAUGAUCCAGGGAUUCACUCAGAUCUUCCCAUCUUAAACAUCCAACCUCAGUGCACUCCAGCCACUACGUUCUCAUUCUCAUUCCGACAAUCACCUCUCAAGUUUCAUAAAGAGGUGAGAUGCGUUCAAGGAUUGAAUCUCUGGAGAAAUAACUCGGUAGAGGUCAACGAAGAGAUCUUCAAGGGUUAUCGUCAAGGAAAUCAUGAAAAGAUCAUCAAUGAGGUUGCUGCAGCAUAUGAUUUCUUGGACACCGAUACGAAUAACUUCAAUGUGACCAUCUGGUUUAACUCUACAUACAAGGAUGAUUACCGAGUACAACAGAGGCGUGUAAAGUAUGUCCGAGUUCCUCGCUCAGUAAAUUUGGUUUCGAAUGCUUAUCUUCAAUUUUUGCGAGGCCCAGGGACUAAAAUGUUAUUCGAUUUUGUGAAAGAAAUGCCUAAACAAGAAACUAAGCUUCAUUUUGACGUAGCUUCUGUCAUUGGCCCCAUAUUCUUAACAUGGGUUAUUGUUCUUUUGUUCCCCGUGAUCUUAAACUCAUUGGUGUAUGAGAAGCAGCAACAUCUAAGAAUUAUAAUGAAAAUGCAUGGCCUAGGAGAUGGUCCUUAUUGGAUGAUUUCCUACGCCUAUUUUCUAGCCAUAUCCACGUUAUAUAUUAUAUGCUUGAUGAUAUUUGGGUCAGCAAUAGGACUGAAGUUUUUCCGGUAUAAUGACUACGGUAUCCAGUUCGUUUUCUAUUUUCUCUGCAUAAAUCUGCAAAUCUCCAUAGCUUUUCUAGUUUCCUCAGCAUUUUCAAAGGUUGAGACAGCUACAGUUGUUGCUUACCUAUACGUGUUUGGAUCGGGGCUCUUGGGCGGAUUCCUCUUCCAGUUUAUGUUGGAAGGUUUAUCGUUUCCCAGAAGCUGGAUUUUUUUCAUGGAGUUGUUUCCGGGCUUCUCUUUAUACCGUGGUUUGUAUGAGUUCUCUCAGUAUGCUUUAAUCAGAAACGUGAAUGGGAGCGAUGGGAUGAAGUGGAAAGAUUUCAAUGAUAGUGCAAUGGAUGAAGUUUUCUACAUCAUUAUCGUCGAGUGGUUUCUCGCUCUCAUUGCAGCAUACUAUAUGGACCGAGUUUCUUCAUCCGCGAAAGACCCUUUUUUAUGCUUGAAAUACACUUUGAGGAAAUCUCCGUCGAAACAUAGCUUGCAGAGACAGGGAUCUGCUAUUUCCAUUGAAAUGGACAAACUAGAUGUCGCUCAGGAGAGAGAAAGGGUCAAGCAGUUGAUGCUUGAGCCGAGCACAAGCCAUGCGAUUGUAUGUGACAACCUGAAUAAGGUGUAUCCAAGUAGGGAUGGGAACCCGCCUAAAAUGGCCGUUCAAGGGUUAUCUCUCGCUGUGCCUUCAGGAGAAUGCUUUGGCAUGUUAGGACCAAACGGUGCAGGGAAGACAUCCUUCAUCAAUAUGAUGACUGGGCUUGUGAAACCAACAUCUGGAAUAGCUCUUGUUCAAAGUUUGGACAUAUGCAAGGAUAUAGACAGAGUAUAUACCAGCAUGGGUGUUUGCCCUCAACAUGACUUGCUCUGGGAAACACUGACAGGAAGGGAACAUCUGCUCUUUUAUGGAAGACUUAAGAAUCUCAAAGGCUCUGAUCUCCACCAAGCUGUAGAGGAGUCUCUUAAGAGUGUGAACCUAUUUCGUGAUGGAGUUGCUGAUAAACCUGCUGGGAAAUAUAGUGGAGGCAUGAAAAGGCGAUUAAGCGUAGCCAUUUCACUUAUUGGAAGUCCUAAGGUGGUUUAUAUGGAUGAGCCAAGCACAGGACUUGAUCCAGCGUCGAGACGGAGCCUAUGGACAGCCAUCAAAUCCGCAAAAAAACACACUGCGAUAAUCCUCACUACUCAUUCAAUGGAAGAAGCAGAGUUUCUUUGUGACCGAUUGGGGAUUUUUGUAGACGGAAUGUUACAAUGCAUAGGGAAUCCAAAAGAAUUAAAGGGAAGGUAUGGUGGAUCUUAUGUGUUAACAAUGACAACAUCAUUAGAACAUGAAAAAGAUGUAGAGAUGUUGGUUCAAGAAGUUUCUCCAAACGCCAAGAAGAUAUAUCACAUCGCAGGGACACAAAAAUUUGAGAUCCCAAAAGAGGAAGUACGGAUCUCGGAAGUGUUUCGGGCGGUGGAGAAGGCAAAGGGUAAUUUUAGGGUGUUUGCUUGGGGACUUGCAGACACAACUCUUGAAGAUGUUUUCAUUAAGGUUGCUAGAACUUCUCAGGCCUCUAGUGUCUUUUCUUGAAUCUUCUUUAGAUUAUCCUUUUUGUCUGUUCAACGUCAAUAUUUGUUAUUUCAUGUUUAAUAGUAUUGGUCAUGCGUAGAUUUGAUUCGUAUAGUGUACAUUAUUGGAAUCGGCUACAAGUUUGUGACUUGCGUCGGAGGGUUUUACCACUUGUUUGUUUGUGAAUGAUUUAUGUAAAACAAGGCUAGAUAAAUUUGUGAAUGAUGAUGUUGAUACAUUAGAAAGAAAUAAUUCCCACGAAUAAGAGUAAAGAAAUUGUUUUUCU